GGGGGGGCACCCGGAGCCCGCGCUCCGGAAGUGAAGCGGUCACUCCACCCGCUAAUGGAUGCGCAGCGGCCGCCCGGCAGACCGCUCUCGGCGCCAGGGACAGCUUGAUUUGGGUGAAGUGAAGACAUACAGACUAUUAUAUAGAAGUGGGAGACAUCUUCCUGAGCUGGAAACUGAAUACAUGGCUCCUUGAUUCUUGAGGAACAUUCUGGAACACAUAAACAGGCAUCCCCACCAUCUUGCUGAGUGACUCCCCAGAGGUUUGAGCUACAGUGGAAGCCACCUCCCCACUGACUGGAGAGAGCCAAAGUGACAGUAAGUAGGAGAUGGGAAAAGCAGUUGUUCCAGGUGCCUCACAGUGACAAGAGUCAACGCCACACAGCUGUCCCCGGCUCUCAGAAGGAACAAGCAAGCAGCAAACCCACAGCAGAGCCACAGGUAACUGUAGAACCCAUCAAACUUGCCGUGGGUCUGAAGACACACGGGAAGCGCCUGGUUCUUGAGACUAAAUCAAAGGACAAAGCGUUGAUCCGCAAGGCUUUGAGCUGCUUCAGGAGUGAGCCGGGCCAGGCCUAAGUGUAAAAGCAUAGCCUGGGAGGAUGGCAGUGGCCCUGCUGGAGGGUUGGUGCGAGAUCAUGAGUGUAGAUGACCAGAAGGCGUUGAUGGUGACGGGCAUACCAGUGAACUGUGGUGAGCCUGAGAUCCAAGCGGUCCUGCAGGAGGCGCUCAAGUGUGUGGGCAACUACCGCCUGAUAGGCAAGCUAUUCCAGAAGCAAGACAACACCAACGCUGUCUUACUGGAGCUCACGGAGGACACGGAUAUGUCUGUGGUCCCCAGUGAGGUGCAGGGAAAGGGGGGCGUCUGGAAAGUGAUCUUUAAGACCCCUAACCAGGACACUGAGUUUCUCCAGAGACUGAAUCUGUUUCUAGAAAAAGAAGGGCAGACGGUUGCGGGGAUGUUCCGAGCCCUUAAGCAGCAGGGAGUGUCUCCGGCUACCACAGCCUGCACAUCCCCUGAGUUACUGGCCCACUUGGUGGGGCAGGCAAUGGUUCACGCCCCAAGGCCCCUGCUGCCCGUGAAGUACUGUAAGCUUCGAGUGUUCUCUGGAAGCGCAGACCCUGCCCCGGAGGAGGAGUCCUUCGAGGUCUGGUUGGAACAGGCCACUGAGAUAGCCAAAGAGUGGCCCAUCCCUGAGGCUGAAAAGAAAAGGUGGGUGAUGGAGAGUCUUCGUGGCCCCGCCCUGGACCUCAUGCACAUUGUCCAGGCAGACAAUGCUUCCAUCAGCGUGGAAGAGUGUCUGGAGGCCUUUAAGCAGGUGUUUGGGAGCCUGGAGAGCCGUAGGUCCGCGCAGGUAAAAUACCUAAAGACGUAUCAGCAAGAAGGGGAGAAAAUCUCAGCCUACGUGCUCCGGUUGGAAACUCUGCUCCGGAGAGCUGUGGAAAAACGGGCUAUUCCCCGGAACAUUGCUGACCAGGUACGCCUGGAGCAGGUCAUGGCCGGAGCCAACCUUAACAAUGUUCUCUGGUGCCGGCUCCGGGAGCUGAAGGAUGAGGGGCCACUACCCUCCUUUUUGGAGCUGAUGAAGGUGAUCCGGGAGGAAGAAGAAGAAGAGGCCUACUUUGAGCAUGAGAGCAGGGAGGAGCCAGGGGAAAGAGAGGGCUAUCGCCGCUGGGACAAUGCAAGGAAUAACUGAGAGACUUCCCAGCUCCCCUUCACCUCCCGGUGGACACAGGGACAGUGCUUGACAAGGCUAAUCUUAUUACAGUGGGUUUUUCUCUAAUAUACAGGGUUGAAGUCAAGCAUUAGAAAUAUAUAUAUAUACAUAUAUAUGUAUAUGUAUGUAUAUAUAUAUAUAUAUAUAUAUACACACACAUAUAUAUAUGACAGGGUCUCAUCUUAUAGCCCAGGCUGGCCUUGAGUUUGCACUCUUCCUGCAUCAAAGCCUCCCAAGCUGAGUUCUGGGAUUAGAGGAGUGUACCACUAUUAGUGCCCCAUCUCAAUCUUUCUUUCUGAGGAAAAAAUUAGCCUGGACUCUGAGUAGAUUGGUUUGGGGGACUCUUAAGUAGAUUGUUAGUAAAUAUGUGACUAAGUUCCUAAAAUACCUAAAGCUUCUGUACUUCAGUGUCCUUUAAGCUCAGCAGGGUCAGCCAGGUAGCUCAGCUGAUCAGGUCGCUUGGCAACCUCUUCAGAUGGGGGUAAUGAUGUGGACAGGUAAUAGAAACUGGCCAGGCAGGAGCAGGAGAAGUGACUCGGAGGUUAAGCGCACUUGCUACUCUUACAGAGAAAUUCAGAAUCCAGCACCCACAUAGUGACUCACAACCAUUCAAACUCCAGUUUCAGGGUCUCCAACACCUUCUCUUGGUCUCUUUGGGUGCUGCAGCACACACCUGUAAAAUAAAUCUUUAGAAAAGAAAAUAAACUGGCUAGGCAGUUUAGGGGCAUUCCAAGAGUGUCCCUGGCUCUCUGAUCCAUCAAUGUCACGAAGGAGCUUUGAUUUCUCGUUGUCAGCUUCAUGGAGGUUACUUUGGGGUGGGACUGGGACCUCAGCCAGACACUAAUCUUUUUGUAAAUUGCUUUAGAAGUAGAUCUCUAGAUUUUCCUGAUAAAAAAUGGCUUAUAUCUGUUCCCCAAUUUUAGCCCAUCCCCUAAAUGAUUUUAGGGUUAUAUCUUCAGAGGAGGGAAUUUUAUAGUGGCCUUGAUCAGGGCUUUUCCGAGUCUCAUUAAGAGAAAACCAUUGCCUUCUGGUCAGAAGAGUGGAAACUAUCUACCUUUUGCCUAGGUGGAGACCUAACGUUCCAAACUAACCAAAAUAGAAGAGUUAAUCCAGUUGGGCAGGUCCAUCACCUGACUAAUGGACUGCCCAUUAAGAAGACAGAUUCAUCCAACUCCAUGCUAAAGAGAUGGGAGGAAUAAUUAUCCCCUUAAUGAGAUCAUGUGCUUUUCUUUCCCAGAACCCCUGGGAUCUGCACAGUCACUCCAGAACCACCACAAAAUGUAACUUCCACUUGUUCUUUUGCCUGGGGCCCAAGCCAAAGUAAGCUUUCUCUAGUACUUUGAGCUUUUU